AUGGACACAAAGAGCGCAAGCGUUGCCGACGCCAGGGUGGACGAACUAUGGUCAACUCUCGAUACGCGCAAACAGGGCCACCUUGACCUCGCAGGCCUCAAGAAGGGACUGCGAAAGCUGGAUCAUCCCUUGAAAAAUGCGGAUCAGCUCCUGGACGAGGUUAUGCACGCUGUAGAUACCGAUGGGAAUGGGAGAAUCACAGAACAGGAAUUCCGCAAAUUCGUAUACGAGACCGAAAAGGAGCUUCACCACCUAUUCCAGACCAUCGACUACAAUCGCGACGGCAAAAUUUCCAAAGAUGAGCUGCGCUCAGCCUUGCGGACUGCCGGCCUCACUGUCCCUAACAGUAAUCUCGACAAAUUCUUUUCGGAAGUUGAUACCAAUAAUGAUGGAACCAUCAGUUUUGAAGAAUGGCGGGACUUUCUUCUAUUCAUUCCGGUCAGCGCACCAUCCCUCCACGCCGUAAUGUCCUAUUUUUCCGCCACCAUGAAGGUCAACCAAGAAGGCGACGUUCUUAUCAGUGACGACACAGUCCAAGGCCUAGGUACUACACAGCGUUUUCUUCGUUUUUUCUUUGGUUCCCUUUUCAUUGUAGCGCACACACCGCCCUACAAUCCCCUUGCACUAGAACAUAGCGCACCGCUCGAAACGGCUUCACCUACUUCGACACUUGCCUACCAAGGUGCCCUCCCGCCACGGUCUGAAGCCGAGAAGAGCAGCGCUUCUAUUGAAGAGAUACCGGCAAAAAUUAUAGAGAGCUUAGGAACCAUGCUGAUUGCUUGUGUUCCCAAUCCAGGCUAUUUCGUGGCGGGAGGCGUUGCAGGCAUUGUUUCUCGCACCUCGACUGCUCCGCUCGAUCGUUUGAAAGUCUACCUCAUCGCUCAGACUAGUGUGGCCGAGGAAGCCGUCGUCGCCGCUAAGCAUGGCAACAUCGUCAAGGCUGCUAUGAACGCUUGGAGGCCACUUGCGACCGCCACCAAAGAGCUAUGGCAGGCUGGUGGUAUGCGCAGUUUGUAUGCUGGUAACGGCUUGAACGUCGUCAAAGUUAUGCCAGAAUCGGCCAUCAAAUUCGGCUCUUACGAGGCAAGUAUUGUCAAGUAA